AUGGCUUUGGGCACUAUUGAUGGUGAUGAGGCUGCAAGAGCUGAUGGCUUCACUUCAACCUUUUACAUCAAAGCUUGGUCUAUUGCCAAGAAGGAAGUCAUAGAAGCAGUACAAAGCUUCUUUAGGGGGUUAAACAUGCCAAAAUACUUUGCAUUGUCCACUGUCACCCUCAUUCCUAAAGAUGAGCAAGAGAAUAGUUGGGACAAAUUCAGGUCAAUUGCUCUCACUUAUCUUACAUCUAAGCUCAUUAGUAAAAUUAUUAUUUAUAGAUUACAAUCCAUUUUACCCAGAAUUAUUUCUUCUAACCAAUCUGCUUUUGUUAAGGGAAGGCAAACUACAGAUAAAGUGCUUCUCACUCAAGAACUCAUCCUGGACAUUGACAAACCAUGCAGAGUUGGAAAUUUGAUGUUUAAAUUGGAUCUAUCAAAAGCCUAUGACACUAUCAGCUGGCGCUUCAUUUUGACAGUUCUGAAAGCAAAGGGGUUCAACUUCAACUUCUGUAUGAUUAUCCAAAGAUUGCUACAAAUAAGCUACUACACAAUUCUGGUUAAUGGUAGUUCCACUGGUUUCUCUCCUACCAUUUUUAUCUUGGCAAGGGAUUAUCUGUCCAAGCUUCUUGAUCAAGCUUAUCUCUCCCAUGAGCAUAAAAGAUUUGCAAAUAAAAUCAAUUUAAUAUUGGUCAUCUUAUCUAUGCUGAUGAUGUGA